GACGAUACUGGCGACGAUACUGGCGACGAUACUGGCGACGAUACUGGCGACGAUACUGGCGACGAUACUGGCGACGAUACUGGCGACGAUACUGGCGACGAUACUGGCGACGAUACUGGCGACGAUACUGGCGAUGACACCGAUAAUGAUACUGGGGAUUAUACUGAUAAUGACUCUGGCGACGACUCAGUCGCCAGCUCGACGUACGCUACUCCCGCUACCAGCUCCAGCGCUGCUGUCUCGGACGAUGAGCUGUGCAGUCCUCAAUGUACUGAAUGCAUAUCCAACGACCUGACCGAUACUUCUAGCGCAUCAUCCAAGCGAUCCAACUGGUUCGACCGAGGGCUGUCCAAGAGAACCUCGGACUAUCUCACAUGGAUGCUCACCCAGAUGAGAACCGGCCCGCUUCUUACCAAGGACGCCAGCGGCAUGACAACCUCCGAAACGGUCGUGUUCGACAACAGCGCCAUCAACUUCAGUCAGACCAACAUUCGCGGCUGUACCGUUGUUAUUGUCGUCUCCAAGUAUGCUGCUUACCAGGCUCACAUUUGGGAAGACCCCGGCUUCGUCUCACAGACCAACGACGCCACCACGGCUGUCUUGAAUGAGGCAGAGUUCCAAAACACCGUCCUCACCUACCUCACCAACGACUCAAAUCUCAAGAUGCCCCAACUCACCGGCUCGACCGCAUACCCCGACCCCGGAACCCAGGUCUACAUCGGCACUCCCCAGGCUCAAUCCGGCAAGAACACCGCUAAGUACCCGGCCCAGGUAUCCAGAGUGGGAAUCACUGUCAACGAGGUCCUUGGCCUCAGCGCCGCACCAACAGAGUACUACUACAGCACCGAAGAAACUGCCGGCGAAGGCAAAUGGCUAUUCCAAUUCCCCAACUCAUGCGAUAAGCCCUUGUGGCAGAUCUGGUACGGAGACGAUCCCAAUAGCGCUCUAUGGGCCUCCAGCCAGAAUGGCGCAUGCUCAUCUGCACCCGCACCCGCUUCUGCAUCUUCGUCUGUGACGGCUGUCAGAACUCCUCCAUUCCCCAUCUUUACUGAUGCUUCAACAUUGAUUGCGCGGCCUAGAACAACCACUCAAGCUUACUUUUAA